AGUGGUUUGUGUUGCUGAGCGUGUUGCAGAAACCCAGACGGCCGAGCUUUGCUCGCUCUUCUUUGGACAUAAUCCGUGAAAUAAUGGGUUAUUCGUCUCCUAGCGGAGCUCCGUAAAUCGUGUCGUUCACGUCGUCGGACCAUGCCCCGCACUGGGGUGUCCGUUGGAGGCUUCCGCCGGUAAAAAGUUGCCAAACAAAGGUGGACCUGCGCCUCCACAGAUGUGGUCACUACCUCCUCUCAACCUCCUGUUCACUAAAGGAGAGGAUGCUGCAUUGAGUGAACGGCUGUGGCUCGGCCUGGAAGGAUGACAGAGCAUUAGCAGACAUGGAGACGGGGGAGACGCACAAACAGCUGGAAAUGCCAUAUCUACACAGUCUGCAUUCUCCCCGUUAAAUCCUCUCAGGACAAGAGAAAACCCUAUUUUUAUAUUAAUUGUUGAGCCAUUUUUGUUAGCUAUCAAGAAGCCAUACAUCACUAGACCUCAGCAUGAGUUCAGAGGGCUUUCAGUACCGUGCACUGUACGACUACAAGAAGGAGCGGGAGGAGGACAUCGACCUGCACGUUGGUGACAUGCUGCUGGUCAGUAAAGGGGCGCUGCUGGCACUGGGAUGCAGCAACGGAGCCGAGGAGAGGCCGUCGGAGAUCGGCUGGCUUCCCGGCUUUAACGAGACCACACAGGAAAAAGGUGACUUCCCGGGGACAUAUGUGGAGUUUGUUGGAAGGAAAAGAAUUUCCCCGCCCACACCCAAGCCCCGCCCACCCAGGCCGCCCUCUGCUGCAUCGAGGACGGACUCUGAGUCUGAGAGUUUUGUGUUGCCAGAUCUUCCAGAACAGUUUGGACCUCCAGACACGGCCCCUCUGCUCCUCAACAGAUUGAUGGAGGCUGUGGAGGCCAGAGGUCUGGACAGUCCCGGUCUGUAUCGCGGCGUCGCUGGAGGAGUCCUGGACACGCGGCAGCUGGCCGACACCGACCUGGAGCAGCUGGAGGUGCCGUCCCUUUGUGAUGGGGUGAUCCGAUUCUUACAGGAUCUCCCUGGUCCCGUGCUGCCCCCUUCACUGCAGGGUGAAAUGAUUCACACAGUCCAGGAAGUCCGAGACCCAGAGGACUGCGCUCAGGUGCUGCGGGCGGUGGCCAGCUCUGCCACCUGCCCCGCCCAGUACGGACUGACCCUGCUGAGCGUGGUGCGACACCUGGCCCGGCUGUGUCUGCAUGCUGCCAGAAACCAGCUGAGUCCCCGAACACUGGGGGAGGUCUUCAGCCCGCUGCUGUUCAGACACGCUACAGGGUCCGAGUCCGGUCUGGAUCCUCUGGUUCAGGUGCUGGAGGUUCUGAUAACCAGCGAGCUCAAUAUGAACCAAGCCGCUCCAGCUCUGCCUCCCAAACCCGUGAGGACGCCGACGCCAGCGGCGUCCAGCAGCUUCAACAACAGCAUGGCUCUGCAGGACGCCGAGUGGUACUGGGGAGACAUCUCCAGGGAGGAGGUCAACGAGAAGCUGAGGGACACGGCUGACGGUACUUUUCUGGUCCGAGACGCCUCCACAAAGAUGCACGGGGAUUACACUCUGACUCUGAGGAAAGGAGGAAACAACAAACUCAUCAAGAUCUUCCACCGCGAGGGGAAGUACGGCUUCUCUGACCCGCUGACCUUCAGCUCGGUGGUGGAGCUGAUCAAUCAUUACAGACACGAGUCUCUGGCUCAGUACAACCCCAAGCUGGACGUCAAACUGCUGUACCCGGUCUCCAAACACCAGCAGGACCAAGUGGUGAAGGAGGACAGCAUCGAAGAUGUGGGGAAGAAGCUGCAUGAGUACCAUCUGCAGUACCAGGAGAAGAACCGCGAGUACGACCGGCUGUACGAGGAGUACACCAGAACCUCCCAGGAGAUUCAGAUGAAGAGGACGGCCAUCGAGGCCUUCAACGAGACCAUCAAGAUCUUCGAGGAGCAAUGUCAGACGCAGGAGCGCUUCAGCAAAGAAUACAUCGAGAAGUUUCGACGGGAGGGCAACGAGAAGGAGAUCCAGAGGAUCAUGGAGAACUAUGACAAGCUGAAGUCUCGAAUCAGCGACAUCGUCGACAGCAAGCGCCACCUGGAGGUGGACCUGAAGAAGCAGGCCGCCGACUACCGAGAAAUCGACAAGAAGAUGAACAGCAUCAAACCCGACCUGAUCCAGCUCCGCAAGACCCGGGACCAGUACCUCAUGUGGCUGACACAGAAGGGCGUCCGCCAGAGGAAGCUGAACGAGUGGCUCGGCCUGAAGAACGAAACCACAGAGGACGAGUACAGCAUGGUGGAGGAUGAGGAGGACCUUCCUCAUCACGACGAGCGGCUGUGGCGUCUGGGGAACAUCAACCGCGGUCAGGCUGAAGCUCUGCUGCGCGGCAAGAGGGACGGCACCUUCCUGGUCCGGGACAGCAGCAAGCCGGGCUGCUACGCCUGCUCUGUGGUGGUGGAGGGUGAGGUGAAGCACUGCGUCAUCAACAAGACGAGCACCGGCUUCGGCUUCGCCGAGCCCUACAACCUGUACGGCUCCCUGAAGGAGCUGGUGCUGCACUACCAGCACACCUCGCUGGUGCAGCACAACGACUCGCUCAACGUCACGCUGGCCUUCCCCGUCUACAGCCAGCAGAGGCGGUGACCCGCCUCCACGCCCAGCCCCGCCGCUCAGCAGCAAACGGAAGAGAGCUUUUACUGUGAAACAUCAAACUUCCACUUCCUGCGAGGAUGAAUCCAGAAGGGACACCAAUGUUUGAGUUUCCUCUGCGGUCUGAUGAACUUCCUUGACCUCCGCGACCUUCUGUGUGACGUCAUCGCCUCUGUUUAUGAGGAGGAGGAGUCUGACCCCAAACUCCGCCGUGUGCUUCAAAUAAUGAUGACGAACAGAUGAUGCCGAAGGUUUCAUGCUAACACUGUGAGCACUUCAGGAUGCCCCUCCCCCUCGACUCCUCCUCCUUUUUGUACGCCCUUUUUCCAGUUUCAGAGACUUUGUGCAGCAGCUCAGGAGCUCGGCGUCCACGCCGCGCCACCGACACUCCACGUGGAGUUCCUUCAUUUUCCCAUGAUUCCCAGAGAGAAGCGGUACAAUCGAUGAGCGCAGCUGCAGCUGUCACACAAAGCGUUAAAACUCCAAUGUUCCACCAAAUCUGCACAAUCAUGGAAACAAAUACCUCAAGGUUGAAACGUUUCUGCUCCAUUUAUGUUUUUAUGAUGAACCAGGUGUGAUGGGCUGAUGACCAAAAGCAGGACAGCGUCUCCUCAAUUCAUCCUAACCGGACUGAUCAGGAUCAGCUCUUCCUUUCAGCUGGAAGCGACUUCAGAAACCAGCCUGUGACACGAACGCAUCCUCAGCUUCAUCCUGCAGGACUAACGACACACACAAGGGGGCGUGCUUCAUGCUGAAAAUCAGGCUUUUUUCUUCCUGCAUCUUUUUAAAUUCAAAGCCCUUUCAAGAACAAAAAAAAGUUUGUUCUGGUGAGUCAGGCGCUUAUUAUGGAAGCAUUGUCUGUCUUUCUGCUGCUUGACAGAGCGGUCCAAACCGCUUUGAAUCCUAACUUUACAUGCAGUUCAGGAAAAUAUCUUUAAAUUUGAUCAAAUCUCAGAUUUUAAUCGAUGUUCACAAAUAAAAGAGGUUGUUGUGGAGACCUAGACAAAUGCAAAUGUUUCAUUUCAGGAUCAAAGAUUAAAAAAUAUUAAUUUCUAAACAUUUUUAAGCUUUUAGUUUGAAGUCUUUGUUCUCCUUUUAGUUUAUUUUGUUCAAAGAAACUAAAAAUAUUUCAAAUUAAAAUGUCCAUUCUAGCUGUUGCGUCUUUUUUUUCACUUGUUUCUCCUAACAGUAAAAACUAAUAUAUUUCCUGCUUAUUAGUUUAAAUAUUUCCUUUUUUAAUUGUCUUCUAAGUUUUUAUCUGUCACCUGAAGGUUGCAGCAGGACACCUGAUCUGCAGACUCUAUUUGGACUUCAGUACAUUUUCUGAUCCUUAAGGGUUUUUUUCUUUUUUUUUAGAUGUAAUUAAAAACUAUUUUACUGUAUUUUCUGUAUCAGAAGUUCUGUUUUCUUUGCUUCUUGCUCAUGCUCUUAAUGUUGACAUCAAUAAAGCACCAGAACCUACAAACA